AUGGCGGCCUCCAUGUUCUACAGCCGGUUGUUAGCCGCCGCCACCCUUAGGAGUCACCGGCCACGGCCGGCUCUGCAGGCCGCCGCCCAGGUUCUGGGAAGUUCUGGAUUGUUUAAUAACCAUGGACUCCAAGUACAGCAGCAACCACAAAGGAAUCUCUCACUACAUGAAUACUUGAGUAUGGAUUUGCUACAAGAAGCUGGAGUCUCUGUUCCCAGAGGAUUUGUGGCAAAGUCACCAGAUGAAGCUUAUGCAAUUGCCAAAAAAUUAGGUUCAAAAGAUGUUGUGAUAAAGGCACAGGUUUUAGCUGGUGGUAGAGGAAAAGGAACAUUUGAAAGUGGCCUGAAAGGAGGAGUGAAGAUAGUUUUCUCUCCAGAAGAAGCAAAAGCUGUUUCCUCACAAAUGAUUGGAAAAAAAUUGUUUACCAAGCAAACAGGAGAAAAGGGCAGAAUAUGCAAUCAAGUAUUGGUCUGUGAGCGAAAAUAUCCCAGGAGAGAAUACUACUUUGCAAUAACAAUGGAAAGGUCAUUUCAAGGUCCUGUAUUAAUAGGAAGUUCUCAAGGUGGUGUCAACAUUGAAGAUGUUGCUGCAGAAACUCCUGAAGCAAUAGUUAAAGAACCCAUUGAUAUUGUUGAAGGCAUCAAGAAGGAACAAGCUGUCCAGCUUGCACAGAAGAUGGGAUUUCCAGCUAAUAUUGUGGAUUCUGCGGCAGAAAACAUGGUCAAGCUUUACAACCUUUUUCUGAAGUACGAUGCAACCAUGGUAGAAAUAAAUCCAAUGGUAGAAGAUUCAGAUGGAGCUGUGCUGUGUAUGGAUGCAAAGAUUAAUUUUGAUUCCAAUUCAGCCUAUCGCCAAAAGAAAAUCUUUGACCUACAGGAUUGGACCCAGGAAGAUGAACGAGACAAAGAUGCAGCUAAGGCAGAUCUCAACUACAUUGGUCUUGAUGGAAAUAUAGGCUGUCUAGUAAAUGGUGCUGGUUUGGCUAUGGCCACAAUGGAUAUAAUAAAACUUCAUGGAGGAACUCCAGCCAACUUUCUUGAUGUUGGUGGUGGUGCCACAGUUCAUCAAGUAACAGAAGCAUUUAAACUUAUUACUUCAGACAAGAAGGUACUAGCUAUUCUGGUCAAUAUUUUUGGAGGAAUCAUGCGGUGUGAUGUUAUUGCACAGGGUAUAGUCAUGGCAGUAAAAGAUUUAGAAAUUAAAAUACCUGUUGUGGUACGGUUACAAGGUACACGAGUUGAUGAUGCUAAGGCACUGAUAGCAGACAGUGGACUUAAAAUUCUUGCUUGUGACGACUUGGAUGAAGCUGCUAGAAUGGUUGUAAAGCUUUCUGAAAUCGUGACCUUAGCCAAGCAAGCCCAUGUGGAUGUGAAAUUUCAGUUGCCCAUCUGAUCUGAGAACCCUGUGGAUGGCUGAAGGUGUUAAAUGUGCUGUAAUUGUUAAGAAUACUUAUGUCUUGUGUUACUGUUCUUUUUCUUUUUAGUGUGUGGAAAUUGUAGUUGCCACUCCAGGGACACAGACUUUCACAAACAUUUGGUCUGCAUUUAAUUUUCUUAUUCAAAAUGGACUGUUUGUAUAAAGAACAUAUAAUGCAAGCUUCUGGUUUCUUUUUGUUGCAGCAUUUUCACUUCUCCAGAAUGUCACUUGCAAUAUGCUUUUUAUUAUUGUUGGGUACAAAGUUCUUCAUUGAUAAGAGUCCUAUAAAUAAAAUAAAUAUGAAGAUAAAACUUUAUUCUUUAGUGUUAAAGGAAUACCAUAUCUAAUAACUAGCUUCAUUAGUAGACUAGUGUAUGAAAACAAUGUUUUAUAUAAGAAAUGUUUAUCUUCAGCACCAAAUACAUAAUAAAUGUAUCAACCACUAUUUAUAAACAGAGCUUUCAAACACUCCUCAGAAUAUCCUUUUAAGUAUUUCAAUGAACUGUAUUGCUAAUUAUUUGAACAUUGAUUUAAUCAUUAUAAAACACUGAUAACUGCAGGUCUUCCUGAUACUGUGGUAUUAAGACUUGUAGGUUUGUAUCAAAUAAAGGCAUAUUUGCUAAAGACUUGGUAGACAAAAUUAAGAAUGGCUUAAGUGAAUAAAAAUCUCCCAAUGUGAUUUGGAUUAAUGUUUUUUGGUUUUGUUUUAUUUUUAAGUGGAAGCCAAUGUGUUCAUCAUUGCAAUAAACAAGUCUAAGGAACCACUUUGGAGGUCAUAUAUACCUGAGCAUGACAGUACCUGUAUGAAGUUUCCUAUAGUUAGUUCACUGGAAUUCUGUAGCUUAUAUGUGUGCCGUCUAGUACCUCCUUUAAAGAAAAUAUAGUGUCCUUUUUGUCUGCAUGUAUUUAUAUGUGUGUGUAUAUAUCUGUAGGCAUAUUGAUUUUUUGUUCGCAUCAUGAAAUAAAUAGUAUGCUGUUUAACCAGUACAAUGAAAGGAAAUGCUAAGCAGUAGACUAUUCAUCCAUACUGAUGAAUUUGAGAACUUCUACCUAUUUUGAUAUUCUUACAGUAUGAUCAGAUGUAUAUACUAUGAAAAGCAGCAUAGCAUAGUGAUUAUGACCACAGAAUUUGAAAGUGUUAAUAGAUCAUUUGGUUUGCAUUUGGCUCCAUUACUCAUACAUGAGUCUGGUCAAGUGUUGGGGAGCAAGAGAAUGAGAACAUGUAAGAGAACGUACAUAGAAAAAACAUAAGAUACAUAUUUAGGUCAAAUAUGUAUCAGAUCAUCAUGUAAGUCAUGAUGCCUUUUUGUAUCAAAAAACAUUGAAAAAUACAUAAAAAAUGCAUCAUGACUUUCCCAAUGAACCUAAUAUUUGUAGCAGAAUAUCAGAGUCAUAAGCUGUUAAAAAUUGUGAAAAAUUUA